AUGAAUUGCGUGGGAGGGUCGGUGUACGCAAACGCCAUGGCGCAGUUUGCGAUAUGCCGUCAGCCGUGGAACGAGUACAUCAACCUCCUCACCAAGCAGGAUGCAACGCCCUACCACGUGGAGCCGCAGGAGAAACCAGCCUACCGUGGUCGCAAGCGUGGACGUGAGGGUUGGCUUUUCGGCCAGCAAGUGCAGCUGCAUUAUCACCGGUUUCCUGACGAACAUCUACUGACGAACCUUACCCGUUGGCGUACAGGCGAGACGGUGGGCGACAUUGCCCUGCAGCAGUUCCGAAACGCCCAGCCGUUUGACAUUGAGGAUAAGGACUCACAGGGGAUGCAACGCCCCUCCCCGGAAGUGUAUAUGAAACUAAACUAUAAGAAUCCAGCCACCAUU